AUGGCAGAUAAUAACCACUCCCAUUUCCAACACCUUUACUUUGUCUUAACUGGAAUUCCAGGGCUUGAACAAAAGUAUUACUGGAUGGCAUUCCCACUGGGUGCUAUAUAUGUCAUUGCCCUCUAUGGCAAUGGUGUCAUCAUCUCUACCAUCAAGUCUGAAUUGUCCCUGCAUAUCCCUAUGUACUAUUUUCUAUGUAUGCUGGCAUUGGCAGACAUGGGACUUGCCCUCUGUACUGUGCCCUCUAUGCUAGGCAUAUUCUGGUUUAACUACAAGUUCAUCGCGUAUGAUGCCUGCCUUGUUCAGAUGUACUUCAUCCACACCUUCUCAGCCAUUGAGUCUGGUGUGCUGGUGGCCAUGGCCUUUGAUCGGGUUGUGGCAAUCUGGAACCCCCUCAGGUACAGCACCAUCCUAACCAACGGUGUUGUCUGCAGAACAGGGGCUGUCAUCUUGACAAGGGCGGUCUGUGUGGUCUUCCCUGUACCUUUCCUCAUCAAGCGGCUCCCCUUCUACGGGUCCAACAUCCUCUCUCACUCCUUCUGUCUCCAUCAAGAUGUCAUGCGCCUUGCCUGUGCCAGCGUCCGUGUCAACAGUCUCUAUGGUCUCAUUGCUGUCAUCUUCACCAAGGGUUCUGAUUCCCUCAUCAUCCUCCUCUCCUAUACGUUCAUACUCCGAACAGUAAUGGCCAUUGCCUCAGGGGAAGGCCGGCUGAAGGCACUCAACACUUGUGUUUCACACAUCUGUGCUGUACUCAUCUUCUAUGUGCCACUCAUUGGGAUGUCUGUCACUCAUCGUUUUGGAAAGCACAUUUCACCAUUGACUCAUGUCCUCAUGGCUAACGUCUACCUUCUUGUACCCCCUGUGCUAAACCCCAUAGUCUAUACUGUGAAGACCAAUGAGAUACGAAGGAAGAUCAUCCAGAUAUUUGUUCAAACCAAGAUCACUGCAGAUGGUUGGGGUCUGCCAGCUUGA